UCAAUCAUUCCUUCUCAUCUUUUUUUCCCCUCUACUUUUGUGUUUCUCAAUAAUCAAACAAACUUUGUGAGCUAUGUCGAAAAAGGAACUAGCUUCACCGUUAGGAGAAGCAAAGGUUCCAUUGUUACCAAAUCAUUCAACAACAAAUGAAGAUGAAGAAGGACAAGAUCUUAGUAGAAGGGUUUGGAUUGAAUCAAAGAAGCUAUGGCAUAUAGUAGGCCCUGCAAUUUUCAGUCGUAUUGCAUCCUAUUCUAUGUUAGUCAUCACUCAAGCCUUUGCUGGUCAUCUUGGUGACCUUGAACUUGCAGCCAUCUCCAUCGCCAACAAUGUUGUCGUUGGCUUCGAUUUUGGCCUUUUGUUGGGAAUGGCAAGUGCGUUGGAAACACUAUGUGGACAAGCAUAUGGGGCAAAACAAUAUUACAUGUUAGGCGUAUAUAUGCAGCGUUCAUGGAUUGUUCUAUUCAUUUGUUGUAUUUUUCUUUUACCUAUAUACCUUUUCGCAACGCCAAUGUUGAGACUGUUGGGACAACCCGAGGAUUUAUCUGUUCUAUCGGGUCAAGUUGCAAUGUGGAUGAUACCGUUGCAUUUUGCAUUUGCGUUACAAUUUCCUCUCAAUAGGUUUCUACAGAGCCAGCUUAAAACCGCUGCUAUAGCUUGGGUGUCUUUCGUGGCACUUUUGGUUCAUGUUUUUGUUAGUUGGUUGUUUGUGUUUAAGUUUCAGUUUGGUGUUAUUGGAACCGCUGCUACUUUGAAUUUCUCUUGGUGGGCCCUUACUUUUGGGCUUUUUGGUUACACUGUUUGGGGUGGUUGUCCUCUUACAUGGAAUGGGUUUUCUAUGGAGGCUUUUUCUGGGCUUUGGGAGUUUGUUAAACUCUCCGCUGCUUCUGGAGUUAUGCUAUGUUUGGAAAAUUGGUAUUACAGAAUUCUGAUAUUAAUGACUGGGAAUCUUCCGAACGCUGAGAUUGCAGUAGAUGCUCUGUCCAUAUGUAUGACAAUAAAUGGUAUGGAGAUGAUGAUUCCAUUGGCUUUCUUUGCUGCAACAGGAGUGAGGGUUGCAAAUGAGCUUGGAGCUGGAAAUGGGAAAGGAGCCAAAUUUGCUACUGCAGUGUCAGUGGUGACAUCAUUAAUAAUAGGAAUUUUCUUCUGGAUGUUGAUUAUGAUUUUUCACAAACAAUUUGGCUACAUAUUUUCAACUAGUAAACCUGUCCUUGAUGAAGUUAGUAACCUUUCUCUUCUAUUAGCCUUCACAAUUCUGCUUAACAGUAUUCAACCAGUUCUAUCAGGAGUGGCUGUGGGAUCAGGGUGGCAAUCAUACGUUGCAUACAUAAAUUUGGGUUGCUACUAUAUUAUUGGGGUUCCUCUUGGAUUUUUGAUGGGUUGGUUCUUCAAUCAAGGAGUUAUGGGAAUUUGGGCAGGGAUGAUUUUUGGAGGGACAGCAACUCAAACAUUGAUAUUAAGUUUGAUCACACUUCGGUGUGAUUGGGACAAAGAGGCAGAGAAAGCAAAAUUGCAUAUAACAAGGUGGUCAGAAACUAAACAACAAGUGAGCUAGUGUUUCUUUUGUUUAACUCCUGUGAAGAGCACUGGGAAGAAAAUGUUGUAAGCAAUAAUAUUCUUAGAGUAUUGACCCCUUCUGCAAUAUUAUCAUUCAAAGAUGAAUUAAAAAUUGAGUUAUUCUUUCGAUUGCUAUUUAUUUUCUACAGGAAGAAAUUUGUUAAAGAUA